AUGCAGAGGCGAUGGUUUCUGGGGAAGCGUGCGAUUGCUGCGCUGCUCUUCUGCUUCGUUCUGCUCCUGUAUCGUCAGGCCUGCAGGUCUCAAAGCCAAACCAGACGUCCAGCAGGGGAAGAUGCAUUCGAGGCUUUACUGCAGCAGCAUGAGCGGCGCUAUCUCCAGCACAGCAGGAACCUCACCAGACUGAUCUCACAGCUGAAAGCAGAGCUGCAGAGAUCCGCUGUGGAGCUCGAGGAACAGAACCAGUCAGAGCUGGAGGAGUUCCUGCGGAAGCAGCUCCGACGGGCCGAGAUCUUCACCGGAGAACGGCUGCCCGAUGAGUUUGCGGUGCUGCCGUUUGAGACCUUCACCCUCCGCCAGGUCUAUCAGCUGGAAAGCGGACUGGCGAGACUCCCGGUGGAAAGUCUGAUGGGUCAGGACCGCAGGAACGAGCUGAACGGAGCGCUAGAAGCAGCGCUGCAUCUGCUGAACGAACCUCAGCUCAGAGACUCACAGCAGCGCAGGGUUUACUCUCCUCAACAUUUCUAUGAAGGAAUCUUUCGCACAGAGAGGGACAAAGGAACAUUAUACGAUCUCACGUUCAGAGAAAACAGCGUUCCAGACUUCAGGAGGCUGGUGUUCUUCCGUCCUUUCGCACCGCUGAUGAAGGUGAAGGAGGAACUGAUGGAUGCAUCUCAGAUCCUCAUCAAUAUAAUCGUACCUCUGGCCGACACAGUGGAUGCAUUCAGACAAUUCAUGCAACAUUUCAGUGAUGCUUGCAUUCGUCAGGAUGGACGGACGCAUCUCACCGUGGUGCUUUUUGGGUCAGAAAAGAUGCAUGAAGUGAAAGGAAUUCUGGAUGGAAUGUCAAGGAGAAUGAAAUACAGGAACGUGACUCUGAUCCGUCUGAACGAAGCCUUCUCCAGACGACGAGGCCUGGAUCUCGGCGCUCGAGCCUGGAAGCGAAGCAACGUCCUCCUGUUUCUCUGUGAUGUGAACAUUCGGUUUAGUGCAGAGUUCCUGAACUCCUGCCGUAUGAACACAGAACCAGGUCAAAAGGUGUUUUAUCCAGUGAUGUUCAGCCUGUAUAAUCCUGAGGUCAUCUAUGGUCAGCAUAUUCCUUCUGCUGAAGAUCAGCUGGUGAUCAGGAAAGAUUUUGGCUUCUGGAAGGAUUUUGACUUUGGGACGACGUGCCAGUACCGAUCAGACUUCAUCAACACAGGUGGAUUUGAUGUGUCUGUGAAAGGCGGAGCUACAGAAGAUGUUCAUCUCUACAGGAAGUUCCUCCACAGCAGUCUGAUGGUGGUUCGCGCUCCGUCACGCGGCCUGUUUCACGUGUGGCAUCCGACCGUCUGUCACGCGCAUUUAUCCAGCGAGACAUUUAAACUGUGCUUGCAGGAUAAAGCGCUGAACCAGGCGUCUCACAGUCAGCUGGGACAAAUCAUCUUCCACCAGCAGAUCAACAAUCAUCUGCACAAAUACAAACACAAUAUCAAGUCAUGA